AGGGAAAAGUCCAAGUUUUGUUGCAAUCCUGGCCCCACGCUGGAUUUGCUAUUCAUGAUUGCUUCUUUGAAUAUCAAAUGGGAUAACCCUAUUAGCUCCUCCUUUAUUUCUUAGUUUUUUGGACAGUUAUUGAUUUAUAAACAUUUGCUUCCUUCUGGUGUUGGGCAAUUUGAUUUGCUUUUUGUUGGGUGGCAUUAUGUCGGGCACCGUGGAGCUAAAAGAUCAAGAAAUGGUGGAUAGGAGUGCCCCUGAGGAGUCUCAGAAGUCUAUGCCAUUAUCUGAAGAGGAGGAAGCAGCUGUGAAAAAGAAGUAUGGAGGGAUCAUGCCCAAAAAACCCCCACUCAUUUCUAAGGACCAUGAGCGUGCUUAUUUUGAUUCAGCUGAUUGGGCUCUUGGAAAGCAGCAAGGUGUUUCGAAGCCAAAAGGACCGCUUGAGGCUCUUCGGCCAAAGUUGCAGCCCACACAACAGCAAACACGAUAUAGAAAAUCUCCUUAUGCUCCUUCUGAUGGUGAAGAUGCAGGUAGUGCUCCAUCUGAGGAAGCAAGUGGAAAUGAAUGAGAGAUUGUUGUUGACCUUUUCACUCAUGAUAUGAUUGCUAGUUCUAUGAGUGAGUAGCUUUACAAAUAUUAACAAGGUUUUUUUAUACACACACACGGUGUGUCUGUGUUAGCCCUGGGUUUAUUAAUAUAGGAUAUUUAUCCAACUAGAAACAUAUUAUCAAUUAGAAAUAUUAGUUUAUUAGGAAUUAGUGUCUAAGUUAUAUAAUGUUAUCGAUUUGGAUUACUGUUAGAUUUGUAAUUAUAUGAAUGGUAGAGUUGUGGGAAGGAUCAGAGGGGUUUUUCAAGAAUUAAAUUUAACUUAGCUUUGUAUUCUUUGAGGUGGAGCACCACUGGAGUGUCCAGGUGAAGUGCCAAAAGAUUUUAUCCUUGUAAUAGUGGUUUAUUCAGUACUAAAAUUUAAAAUAGUUAAUUAAUA